UUGUCAUCAUAUCAAUAGUUUUUUACUUAUACAACAUAGAAGCAUAUGUAAUUAUGUACUGCUUUCAAUAUUUAAGAGAUUCACACGUGCUUGUAAAAUAUGGAUGGUAUGUUCAUUAUUGCAUUACUCGUAUGGACUGUCUUAAAAUAUCAGGACCAGAAGUAAUUGAACGUAUUUCAGGCGUUUUCCUGAAUCCCAAGUUAUAACACCUUUAUCAUGUAGUACUCUAUAUACUUGCUUUAUUAUAAAUAGUACUUGUCACAUUAUGUAAUCACUAAACCUAAUGUCAUAAAAAUAUUUUAUGCUGUAGCUAAUAUUGCAGUGGACUAGGAAAAUAGAGUUCAGAUUGUCUGGAAAUUCAAUUCUGUAUGUAGUUUCUUGUUUUCCUCCCUCUUAAAGUUAAAUACGAAGCUACAGAGAAAUAUAAUAUGUUCAAUAUGUUUCUAUUUUUAACAUGGUACUAUAAAUGUAUCCAGAAUUGCUUCUUGGUCUUGCUGUCAUUUGAAUCUUUUGUUUUCAUUUUCAUGAAAAAAAAAGGACAGUUCAGUCAAGACUGUCAUUGAUAAGCCAUCAGAUGUAAAAGUAAAGUUUCCUGGUAUAAUAAGAAUCCCUUUUGCACAUAUAAAAAUUGGUCGUUAUGAUAAAUACAAAGAUGACGUGGCAAUAAUUGAAAACAGGAUAGAAAGAAAUAUUUAGUGCAUAAAAAAGAUAAGUGUUGGCAAUAAUAAUUACCUGAUCAUCCUAACUGUUAUCAUGGAGCUCCUGAAGCAAUUACGAAGCUACGUAAAGACUCUAUUUGGCAAGCAGACAUUUAAGGAGCGCAUUGAGAUGUGGCUAAGAAGCGAACAUGUUAGCCGAAGACUAAGAGGUCGUCUCGGUACAGGCGGUGCAUCUGGGUCUAAGGUGUCUGGUAGCAGAGUGCAAGCUGGGGCAGUCAGGAAAGUUCCAGCAAUUAACAAUAGCAGCCAACGCGUGAGCACAUCUAGCAGAUGCGGUCGUCUGACACGCUGGAGACGCAGAUCUCCCAAUUUACUGAAAGAGGCGUGCAGGGAGAAUGUGUUGCACUUCGCAAAGUCGCCACCAAUAAGGAGAGAACGAGGACCCCGUCGCAGAAAGUGCAUAAAGCGGUCCAUGGUAACGUCUACUCCAUUGCAUAGGAGCUCAGUCAAGGAUGCCAUUAUCCCACCCAAGACAGCUAAAGUCUCAAAGGCCUCAGAGGAGUCUAAGGAGAACUGGAACCUUACGACUUUGUCGAUGUAUCCAUCGACCUAUAACGUGGAGGAACCCGUUUGUCAUUCAACACCGGCACCACCUCAGGACUUCAAGACUACGGUGCCAGCAUCGCCGGCUCUCACUGAACUGAUGCCGCCGCCUGCAGAAGGCGCUCAUCCUGAUCUCUCCUGUUUGUUAGAAGAUGAGAGUAACAGGGCAACUGUUUUGUCCGUUGCAGAUAUCUUGUCGCUGCAUUAUUCAGCUAUUUGUGCCAGCGCCGAAAAUUCAGACGAGUAUUACAGUGUGAUGCACUCUGCGCAGACAUACUGCAAUCGUGUUGCGUACUCUGAGAGAUAUUUUUCAAACGGGAAGUGUAGCUAUGCCGACAGCGUCAACGAGACAACCCGCUGUGUGGAUCCCAGCAAGAAUCAAUAUAUCAACAACGUUGACAGCGAAUCUGUCAAGUACGAUGGCAGCGCGAGUUUCUCCAGCACUAAGUACACGUCCGGAAGUUCGUAUAGUACAAAUCCAGAAAGGGCGUCUGAAACAAACGGAAAUCUGGACGUCAAAUACAACGGGAAGAAUGCGGAUGGCGAUUAUCAGGAUGUGAAGUAUAUGGAAGUAGGCGGUGAGGAAAUUGUUGAGAGCUGCGAUGUGGAGAAUAUGGUUGCUCAGGUGCAGGAAGACUGGGAACCCUUUGAUCCCUACGUAUUUAUCAAGCAUCUACCACCGUUAACCGCGGCGAUGAGGGCCAGAUGUCCAGCAUUGCCUCUAAAAACGCGCAGUAGUCCGGAAUUCAGUCUUGUCUUGGAUUUGGACGAGACUCUGGUGCACUGUAGCCUCCAGGAACUAUCGGACGCUGCCUUCCGUUUCCCAGUGAUGUUCCAGGACGUUACGUAUACAGUGUUCGUACGUACCAGACCGUAUUUUCGUGAGUUCCUGGAGCACGUGUCCUCCCUUUACGAGGUGAUCCUCUUCACGGCGAGCAAGCGCGUCUAUGCCAACAAGCUAAUGAAUCUUCUGGACCCUACGAGGAAGCUGAUAAAGUAUCGCCUAUUUCGCGAACACUGUGUUUGCGUUAACGGGAAUUAUAUCAAGGAUCUCUCUAUCCUCGGCAGGGACUUAUCCAAGACCGUGAUAAUCGACAAUAGUCCUCAAGCAUUUGGCUAUCAGCUGGAAAAUGGUAUUCCCAUUGAAAGUUGGUUCGCCGACCGUUCGGACAGUGAACUGAUGAAGCUUCUGCCAUUUUUGGAAAAUCUAGUACACUGGGGUGGGGACGUGAGGCCGCGCAUAAGGGAGCAAUUUCGCCUUUUCAGUUUCCUACCACCUGAUUAACUACGUAAUCCAUCUUAUCAUUCUGAAGAAACCCAUCAUCUAGAUCCAAUGGAGGACGUACAGUGUUUCGAAUAUAGUAUAGUAUAUCGUGAAUUUUCCUUUUCCGUAUUAAAAUAAUGCACACAUGUCCAGUCGUACACGUUUAUACUUAAAGGAUGAAAAGCAAACAAAAAGUAUAAAAAGGAGGUUCAAAAACAAAAGUUGGCCUGUUUUUAGCCUAGCGUAAUAUCUUCUUGCACAUCAUAAAUGAUAUACGCUUAGCGUAUCGUGAAUGAUGGAAGAAAAAUAAGAAAGAAGAAAAGGUAGUUUUUAAGCUACUAUUUAAAAAAAGUUUGGUUGUAGAAUCAUAUCGUAUGAUUAUUGCGUACAAAAGAAGCCGUUCUGUCGUAUACAGCGUGUAUCAAAAUUUCUAUUGAAAAGUUUGAAGGAUCCUGUAAACGUUUUUGUAGAUAUGACGUUGAUCGUAAAGAGAAGGAGGUGAACAAAUAUAUCACUUCCGCUAAAGCGCAAUGAGGAAAAAGAAAAAUAUUGAACGCGGUUCCAGUAAUUUUCUUUUUCUUCCUGUUUUCUUCUCUUUUAGUAAUAAAACUUUUCUUAUUUCUUCACUUUUUUUACCUUUUUUAUAAUAGUGGCACGACGACGUCCCUUUUCCUUAUUAUAUGUUUAUUAAAUCUGGAUGCGUUGAGAAAUCACGGGACGUCGUGAAGAAUCGACUUAAAUUUUUAUUUUUAUUUAUUUUACUUCUUUUUUUUUUUGACAACGAACACACGCUCUACCAAUUUCGAGGAGCAUUGGGACGAGUGUUCCUCUUUUUAUUACCUCAAAAGAAAUACACUGCCUCGUACAAAAUGGCGACAUCCUCGUCGGUGUGCAUUUGUAAAGUUCAGAAAAAAUGUUUAUUAUUUACAUUUAUUGCGAAUCAAGCAAGGAGAAACGAACAAGAACAUUUCUUUUAACUGAUCGAUUUUCUCAUUAAAUGUUGAAACGAAAAAAAAAGAAAAAAGUAAGAAUGACAAGAAAAGGGAAGGAAGGCAUACUAUAAAA